CACACGCCUCAACUUCUCAUCGAAGCAGUUCCGAUUAUCAUCGCCGCAUCUAGGUCUCCGAGCAAGCUCCACUCGUCCAACCUCCCCGCCAGAUGAUCGCCGCCAGCGCUACCCCGAUGGGCCGCGCCACCACUCCACCCCCCGGGGCCCAGUCCCGGUGGCCGCGUGCCGUUGCGCAGCUCCACCUGGCUCUCCGCUCGCCAGCCGCGCGGAGUGGUAGAAGCGGGCGCUGGAUGGGAUGCUUCAGGCCGGCGCCAGUGCCCGCGCCGUGGUCACCGCCGGUUACGGUGGCGGUGAAUGAGGGGAGGGGGGAGCGGCCGGAGACAACGGAGGUGGACAUGGAGCCAGCACGCGGCGGAGGGGAGGACUUAUGGAGCGUUCAGGCCGACGCGGAGGUAGCGCUGGGCGGGGAAUACCCGGAGCACCUUGUCGUCAUGGUCAAUGGCCUCGUGGGGAGUGCCGAUGACUGGAAGUUUGCCGCUGAGCAGUUCGUGAGGCGGAUGCCAGACAAAGUGAUCAUCCACCGGAGCCAAUGCAACUCUGCUACACAGACAUUUGACGGAGUUGACUUGAUGGGAGAAAGGUUAGCGAACGAGGUUCUAUCAGUUGUCGAGCAAAGAAGAGGUGUGAAGAAGAUCUCAAUUGUGGCGCACUCUCUGGGUGGUCUUGUUGCCAGAUAUGCUAUAGGAAGGCUUUACGAAUGUAGUGACAUAACUAAUUGUUCUGUUGGGAACAACAGAGAGCAAGUUGAGUGCUUGGAGGGUCUCAUUGCCGGCUUAAAACCUAUGAACUUUAUAACCUUUGCAUCACCACAUCUGGGUUCAAGUGGAAACAAACAGCUCCCCUUUCUAUGUGGCUUGCCUUUCCUGGAGCGAAGAGCAUCAGAAACUGCACAUUUGAUUGUUGGAAGAACUGGAAAGCAUUUAUUCCUUACAGACAAUGAUGAUGGCAGGCGUCCACUCCUUCUUCAAAUGGUUCAGGACCAUGAUGAUAUAAAAUUCAGAUCUGGAUUGCGCUCUUUCAAACGACGCGUGGCAUAUGCGAAUGCCAAUUUUGACCAUAUGGUGGGUUGGAGAACAUCAUCAAUCAGGCGUCAACAUGAGUUGCCAAAACAUCGCCUUCUUGUUCGUGAUGAGAAGUAUCCACAUAUUGUCCAUGUUGAUAGAGGAAUUAUGGACAGUAAUGAAACCGAAGUGAGUGCUAAUCUCUACGGCCCAGAAGAGGAGAUGAUAAGAGGCCUAACACAACUACAGUGGGAACGUGUUGAUGUGAGCUUCCAGAAAAGUAGUCAAAGAUUAGUUGCGCAUAACACCAUCCAGGUAAAGAGCUAUUGGCUUAACUCAGAUGGGGCAGAUGUUAUCAAUCACAUGAUGGAUAAUUUCCUCAUCUAGUUCAUGAAGUCCACAGGGUGCACUGUGCCAGUAUUCGUGUCUGAGUUUUGUUACAAGUGAUAGUUCAAUUUUGCGUAGGCGGUUUGACCUUGUAGGUUGUACAAUUUUCAUGCUACACCGAGAUAUCAAAAUUGAUUCUUUUAUUGCAUAUUCAUGGUUUGAAA